CAGUUUUCAGAAAGCAGAAACACAAGAAACUACCAUGGUGAGUGCCACAAGACUUGCUCAGCUAGCGAAGAAGUGGCAGAGGAUGGUGGUCUGCGGGAGGAAGAGGCUCACCUGGUCGUCAACGGUGGUGGAGAAAGAAACCGAAGGGUCCUGUGGCACGUCGUACUCGGUGUUGCCUGGCAAGGGCUGCCGCGUUGUGUACACGAAGACCAAAACUUGGGGAAAUAGUGUAAGAAAAGUCUAAACCUACUCCAGCCAUGACUUUCUGCAUAAGAAAAGUAUGCAUCCCAAGACCAAAGCUGGGGAACAGUAAUAUCGUAGACCAUAUAUUGUGGAGUAAGUCAGUUCAUAUAUUGUGCUUGUGGUGUGGAUCAGGUAUUCUCUCCGGCCAUUCCGUCAUCGUUCCCAUCCACUGUCGCCCCGCUCGACCAGUAUGGCUCAGCUUGGGCAUCUCGCCCAACGCGUUGCAGCAAUACUUUGCCUACUGAUUUUCCAACUAUCGUCAUCUGAUUCUCGUGCCCAUACAAGGAUAUCAGGUGGGACUGGAACCUGCAUCAGCAGAGAGCGGGAUGCGCUUCUGUCCUUCAAGGCAAGCCGUGUUGCGGAGCACCUUGGUGGUAUUGUAGGUAAUGUGAGGAGCUGCCCCAAUGUGCCAAGAAAUGUGAGAGAUGCAAUGAGAGAGUGCCGGGAUGAAUCAAAGAGGAAGAAAAGAGACAAACAAAAUAGCAGGCUGAGAAUUGAAAGAAAUAUUAUGGAAGGGUUGUAUCAAAAAGGAGGGGUGAUUAACAUACUAGAUGAUGAUGAAGAAGAAAUACAGAUGAAUAUUAGAGAGGCCUUGCGUGACCCGAAUGUCUCCCGCGGAGUUGAAAGGAGGAUUGGUAGGGGGGGCGUGGGUGAUGUGCGGGUUUCUGUUGGCAAAAGGAGUAUCACUGCCUAUUUUGACAAACAAUUAUCCAGCAACAAAGUAUCUAUGCAGCCCAAGAUCACUAGUGCUUUGGAUCCUAAUUCAAGAGAUGCACUUGGCCUAGCUUGGUCCAAGUUUUUUCAUGCCAAUGAUAUUGCUGGACGUAAAGCUGAUUGCCCAUACUUCCAAGCUGUUGUGAAGAUCACUCAACAAUUAGGGCCUGCUCCUAUACCAACCGCGAAGGAGAUUGAUGGGAAAUAUUUGGAGGCUAACUAUGAUGAAGCUACUUCCUUUCUUCAAAAAUUUAAACAAGAUUGGAAAAACUUCGGUGUGACUCUUAUGUGUGACUCUUGGACUGGUCCAACAGGAAUGAGCCUCAUAAACUUCAUGGUAUAUUGUAAUACACGAAUGUUCUUCCUCAAUACCAUUGAUGCAUCCGGUCAGACUCAGAAUUCAGACUUUAUCUAUAGAGAGAUUGAGAAGGUUGUAGAAGAGAUAGGCCAUGAACAUAUUGUUCAAAUAGUAACCGAUAAUGGGUCCAACUAUAAGAAAGCUUGCAAAACCCUUAUAGAAGAGCCAAAAUACUCUCAUAUUGUUUGGCAACCGUGUGCUGCCCACACCGUCAAUCUUAUGUUAAAAGAUAUAGCCAAAUUUCCCGAGGUUGAUGUGAUAGUCAAGAGUGCCAAGACAAUCUGUAGGUUCUUGCAUAAGCACAAUAACCUACAUGAUAACAUGAAGAAGAACAUAGGUGGUGAACUAAUUAGACCAAAUGCCACCCGUUUUGGGACUGUCUUCAUGUUCCUUGAGAGUUACCAUUUGAAGAAAGAUAAAUUUAGGGAGUGGAUGGUUUCGACUGAUUGGAAGGAGUGUCAGUGGAGGUAUGAGCCUGGAUAUGUGUUUGCUGAAGAAUGUUUGUCUAGUAAUGUUUGGUGGAACACGCUAGAGUGGGUAUUGGGUUCGUUGAGGCCACUUUAUAAGGCCAUGAGGUAUGCUGAUACACAGAAACAAUGCACUCUUUCUGGAUUCAAGAAAAGUAUGAUGCUCGCUAUACAAGGGAUGGAAGCACAUCUAGGCCCUACAUCAAGGUUGUACCUUAGUUUCAUGCGCAAGGUGGGCAAGAGGAUAGAGGCAAUGGAAGAAGAUACAUUUAUGGUUGCAGCUGCUGUCCUUGAUCCAUAUACACAUUACAAGCUCAACCUUUGCAACCAUACAGAUUAUGCUACCUCACUAACAGAUGCGAUAGCGAAGAUAUUAGAUCCAAGGAGUGCUCUUUCAGCCAUUGAUGAAGUAAGUAAGUUUAGGGAGUGCCAAGGGAGGUUUGGGACCAGAUUAGCAGAAGAAGCUGCGGCGAGAAUGGAGCCAACCCAAUGGUGGUUUCAAUUUGGAGGGGAUGUUCCUGCAUUGCAGAAGUGUGCAAUGAGAAUUUGCUCACAAUGUGUCUCAUCAAGUGCGUGUGAGAGGAAUUGGAGCGCCUUUGCUUUGGUGCACACAAAGCAAAGAAAUCGUCUUUUAUAUGACAAGCUCCACAAGCUAGUUUCUGUACGCUACAACCUAAAGAUACGUGCUGAAGAAGAUCAAGAGAAAGAUAUAGAUAAUGAAGUUGAUCCAAGUGCACUGCUGAUGGACACAACAAUGUUUGAUGAAGCAAAUCCAAUAAUGGAGUGGCUGAAUGAUGAUGAAGAGGAUCCAAUUGUGGAUGGAGCUAAUGAAGCCAGUGCUGUUUUUGAGAAAAUAAGGCGUCUCAACUCAAGCAGGAAGGAUUCUUAUGUUGGUACAAGGGGUAAUAAGAAGAAAAGAAAGAGGAAUCAUGAUGAGGAGAAUGAGUAUGUCGAAACUGAGAGUGAGGAUGACGACGAAGAUAAUGAGUAUGUUGAUAAUGAGAGUGAGGAUGAUGAUGGGGUGAGUGAGGAUGAUGAGGAUGAUCAACAAGAUCAGCAAGAGACACAAAUGCAAGUGGAAGAAGAGACACAAGUACAAGCUGAAAAGAAGACAGCAGCAAGUGUUGGCAAUUUGGAGACUCGUAGAUCUGGACGACUAGUUAGGAAGAAGACCAAGGAAGUGAACAGCCUCUACUCGUAGAUUUGGUAAGUCUCUUAUUUUUGGCGUUUCCGCUCUAAUAUUUAUUCUCACUGUGUAUGAUCAGUACUGCUGCUCUAAUUGCUACUUGUCAAUUAUCACCUAGUAGUGUUGUUAUAAUUGCCAC